CAUGCUAGCUAGCUCUUAUCCGGCCAAAAGUCGGAGCAACCCAACCCAAGAGCAGCCAUGAGAGCAUCAGCUGAUCAUGCUGCCAGCAUCACCCAUCGAAUCCUCCUCUCUCUCUUCCUCCUCGCCACCCUCGGCGCGUCCGACCCCGACCUCCUCUUCGACUACUGCGUCGCCGACCCGGUGGCGGCCGCGUCGUUCCACCUCAACGGCCUGCCAUGCAUCGACCCGGCGGCGGCGCGCGCGGAGCACUUCGCCACGUCGGCGCUCUCGCGCGCAACGAACCCGUCCGCCACGCUGUUCGGGUUCAACGUGACGCUGACGAGCCCCGCCACGUCCCUCCCCGGCGCGAACGCGCAGGGGCUCGCCAUGGCGCGCAUCGACCUGGCCCCGGGCGGCAUGGCGCCGCCGCAUUCCCACCCGCGCGCGUCGGAGGUGGCGCUGGUGCUCGCCGGCAGCGUCCUCGUCGGGUUCGCGGACACGUCGUACCGGCUGUACACGCAGCUGCUGCGCGCCGGGGAGGCGUUCGUGUUCCCGAGGGCGAUGGUGCACUUCCUGUACAACAUGGACGUGGCGGCGCCGGCCGUGGUGCUGUCGGGGCUCAACAGCCAGAGCCCCGGCGCGCAGCUCGUGCCGCUCUCGGCGUUCCGGACGGAGCCCCGGAUGCCGGAGGAGAUCCUCAAGAAGGCCUUCAAGAUCAACGGCCAGGACGUGCACAGGAUCCAAAGAAACCUCGGCGGAUAGUCAGUCAUUCACCUCUGCUUUCUCAGAUUUUGCAUAACAUCUGUGGAUUACUGGAGUAAUAAUAAAGUUUAAACAUGGGACAACUAGAAAAAAAUAGAAAGGGCCGAAACUAAAAGUUUGGGCUUCAUUGCACGUCCAUGGCCCA